AUGUGGCUCCUCGCGGUGCAGGCCCUGGUGGCCCUGUGUGUCCUGCACCUGCCGCUCAGCAGCACCCAGGACUGCCUGAGCAAGCGCCAGGUGCUGAGCGCCAUUCAGCAGAUGCAGAAGCUGCUGUCCGCACAGGAGGCCGCCCGGCUGCAGGGGAUGCGCAGCCUCAAGAAGCAGCUCACGGUCCUGCAAAGCAACAUCCACACGCAGGCCACCGGCCACAACGGUAAUGCAAACUCUGGUGCACCGGUUGCUGCCCGACGCUCCCCUGACUGGGUGACGCUGAGCAACUCGUCCUUCAGCCGCCAGCCCCGCUGCGCAGACACCCGCCUGGGCUCACGCCGCUGUGCCUGUGACACCGGUUUCCAGCUGCGGGACGGCGGCGUGUGCCAAGAUGUUGACGAGUGCCAGCUCUUCCAGGCCAGCUGGCAGAGCCACCUCUGCGUGCACGACUGUGUGAACCUGCCCGGCUCCUACCGCUGUGUCUGCCCCCGGGGCUACCUGCGCCCCGCAGACCAGAACAUGUGCACCGAUGUGGACGAAUGCGCCGACAAUCAGCACAACUGCAGCCGUGGCGAGCUCUGUGUCAACGUCUUCGGAGGCUACCGGUGUGUGCGCCCCGAGUGCCCCAAGCCCAGGCUCAACACCAGCUACGUCAAGACCUCCGUCUAUCAGUGUGAGCGCAAUCUAUGCCCCGUGAACAGCAGAGCCUGCCGCCUGGCCGCCAACUCCAUCUCCUUCCACUACCUGCCGCUCCAAUCCAACCGCACCGUGCCUAGGGUGCUCUUCAAGAUGUCCACCACCCACCUGGUGGGCGAGAGCCUGCGCUUCGCCAUCACGGGUGGCAGGGGCCAGGGCGUCUUCGCCGUGCGGCGCUCCGAAUGGCACGCCGGCGAACUGAUCCUCACCAGCCCGGUGGCAGGGCCGGCCACCUUGGAGGUGGAGCUGGAAAUGAGCAAACUCGCCAGGAAGGUUCUUCUUGGGAAGCACAUCUUCAGGGUCACGGUCUUCAUCUCCCGAUAUGAGUUCUGA